GUUGAUACUUCCUUGCUGCCGUGUGCUGCCACUAGAUCAACGCGUGAAUAAUGAAUCCGGUGCUGUGUGACUUCAUUGCCGGUUCCUUCGGUGGUGCCUGCGGUCUGCUGGUGGGUCAUCCGAUGGACACAAUUAAGGCAUGGCAACAGAACUCAAACUACGGCAUGGGCAGCGCAAUGUACAACAUCAUCAUACGCAACAACGGUCUGCGAGGCUUCUACCGUGGAAUGUACUUCCCGCUCCUUUCCAACGGUGCGCUCAACUCGGUCGUCUUUGCCGUCUACGGUUCCCAUUUGCGCUAUCUGCAGAAGCAUACACGUUCGGAUAGGUUGCGGAAGGCGUACUGGAGGAAGCAUGUGUUUUUCGCCGGUUCUAUGGCCGGUCUAGCACAAGUGUUUCUGGCCUGCCCGAUCGAAGUGGUAAAGGUGCGACUUCAGACACUAUCCUUCAUUGGACAUCCCUGGGCCUGCCUGAAGGACAUCUUCCGGCGCGAAGGCUUCUCGGGGAUUUACCGCGGCAUUACGCCGAUGAUGUUCCGGGACGUGCUGCCGUACGGUGUGUACAUGUACGUGUACGAGUACAUGCUGGAGAUUGAGGAACGAUUGCACCGGCUCAGCAAGGAGCGGCUUACUGGUGUCCCGGUCGGGGGCGCACUGCAGGCAUCGCUGAUCGCAACGGCCGGGGCCGUCGCCGGCGUUGCCUCGUGGAUGUUUAUCGUACCGUUCGACGUCGUGAAGACGGUAAUGCAGGCAGAGACGGACCCUACCGUACACAAGAGCAUGAUGCACUGUUUCCGAUCGAUGAUAAAGAAAUAUGGGUGGCGUUCGCUGUUCCGUGGCAGUUUGGUUAUCAUUGCCCGUGCUGCACCGGUCAAUUCGGCCACCUUUCUCGGUUACGAGUACUGUUUGGAAAAGUGUCAACACCUUUUGGAUGAAAAGUGAAUUGCUGCUACUUUUAAUGAAUGCGUGUGGAUUCAUAAGACGGAAUCGGAUGUCCCACAUCCGGUAUAAAACCCGCUCCAAGCAAUGGAGGAGAGGUAAAUGAUUGGGACAAUCUCGUGCAGGAAGUGUACAGCUUGUAGAAACUUAUAAUUUUUAGAUUAUGUACAAUAUGUUACGUUUAAAAUCAAUCCAAAUAUGUUAAGUAUUCGCUAUAAGAAAAUAUAUUAUCAUUAAAGAAAAAAAGUAAUCGAUAUGUUUCUUUCGCCGAUAAGCUAUAAGACUUUCGCCAGGGCGUAAGCGACGGGACGGAGCAUAAAGCGGAAUAGAGGUCGUUGGAUAGGAUACUAGCAAUAAAGCAAUAUUUGGAUGGGGUAAUGCCGGACUUCAAUAUGCUUAAGCCCAAGAAGACGACAGCGGAUAGGAUAUGGAGGGAAAGCCUGUUGGGAACGAAAUGCUUCCUGAGGACUAAUAGUCUGGUAAUUGUUUCCUAACUUGAUAUGUGUGUAAAGGAAUAGAGUUUAUGCAAUUUUUUAUUCUAUUCAUUUAAUUCAUUUAUUACUUCCACAGUAUGCCUUUAAGGCUAAUAAUUAAUAAUAAUUAAUUACAUUAAUUCAAGAAUUUCGAGAAGCAAAAAGCAACAAUUAUAUAAAAGAAUGAAUUGAGACUAAACAAAUCAUCAACUUUUAUACACAAAAAGAAAAUAUAAGGAAAUAAAUAGAAAGAUCAGGAAGAUGGAUGAAACGUAAGAGCAUGAGAGCAGGAACAACUUAAGUAGUAGUUGAAGUCGAAGAGAUCAUGAUAGUAGUUAAACCAUGUGAAACAGGAUAGAAAAGGAUCAUUAUUACAAUGUAUGUCGCGUUUCUACGUAUAGAGGAGGACGGCAACAGAGGCCACGAGAAGCUACAUAUAGACAAAUAGAGGCAGGAGUCAAUCACAUGUCGUCGAUCGGACAGGGAGGUACUUGCGUAGAACAAAAAAUACAUCUAAAUGAAACCCUGGCGAAAUGUCUUUGAACAUUUACUGAUCUAGUCUCUCCCUCAAUACUUUAAAAGCUUCAUACAAUGCUAGCAUACUCCAAAAUUAGACGAACUAAACUGCAGUA